UUCGAGCCCGCCGCUUCCGCCCGGAGUUGCUUUAAGCUCCGGCUGCGAGUAGCUACUUCAGCCAGGAGUCCGUAGCGUCUCGGACGUGGAAAGUGGCCCUGGGUCGGCCUCCUUCUUGUCCCCUCAGCCUGCCCGCCCCGAGGCCGGGUCCUCAGCUGGCGGCGGUGGCGGCUGGGCCUGUCGCGGAGCGUUCUCUCUGCCCGAGUCCUGGGCCUGGGGGAACAGAGCGGUGAGGGAGCGACGCCCGGCCUGGCCCAGCCCCGGUCCAGCCCCGGCUUUCCCGGGGCCUGUGACGGUGGCCACAGGCCUCGCGGCGCCCACCCCAGCCUGGGGCGGGGCACGACCUCCCCGCCCGCGUCCCCGCCCCUUCUGCCUGCCCAGCGCCUGGGCAUUCUCUUCAGCCCAGCGGCGGCGUAACCGUCUCGCCCCUCCGGGACUCGGCAGUCCCCUGGCUCCGGCCGCUGGGGAACAUGGAGUUUGCGGAGCUGAUUAAGACCCCACGGGUGGACAAUGUGGUGCUGCACCGGCCUUUCUACCCGGCCGUCGAGGGGACCUUGUGUCUUACUGGCCACCACCUGAUCCUGUCCUCCCGGCAGGACAACACGGAGGAGCUGUGGCUCCUCCAUUCAAACAUCGACGCCAUCGACAAGCGGUUUGUGGGACCACUGGGUACCAUCAUCAUAAAAUGUAAGGAUUUUCGAAUUAUUCAGUUGGAUAUUCCUGGAAUGGAGGAAUGUUUGAAUAUAGCCAGUUCCAUUGAGGCAUUGUCUACCCUGGACUCCAUCACUCUGAUGUACCCUUUCUUUUACCGGCCCAUGUUUGAAGUGGUAGAAGAUGGCUGGCAUUCUUUCCUUCCUGAGCAAGAGUUUGAACUCUACUCUUCAGCUACCAGUGAAUGGAGGUUAAGCUAUGUCAAUAAGGAAUUUGCUGUUUGCCCCUCUUACCCACCAAUUGUCAUAGUACCCAAAGCCAUCGAUGAUGAAGCUCUUCGGAAGGUAGCUACGUUUCGACAUGGAGGACGCUUCCCAGUACUCAGCUAUUAUCAUAAAAAAAAUGGAAUGGUUAUUAUGCGAAGUGGUCAGCCACUCACUGGCACAAAUGGGAGACGGUGCAAAGAAGAUGAGAAGCUGAUAAAUGCUACCCUCAGGGCAGGAAAGCGUGGCUACAUCAUUGACACCCGACCUCUAAACGUAGCUCAGCAAGCUAGAGCCAAAGGAGGCGGCUUUGAACAAGAAGCUCAUUAUCCCCAGUGGAGGCGGAUUCAUAAGUCCAUUGAGAGGUAUCACAUUCUUCAGGAGAGCUUAAUCAAACUCGUGGAAGCUUGUAAUGACCAAACACAUAACAUGGACCGAUGGCUCAGUAGAUUGGAGGCAUCCAACUGGCUGACUCACAUCAAGGAGAUUCUGACAACUGCCUGUCUGGCAGCUCAGUGUCUCGACAGGGAAGGAGCAUCCAUACUGAUUCAUGGAACAGAAGGAACUGAUUCCACACUCCAGGUUACCUCCCUGGCCCAGAUUAUCUUGGAACCAAGAAGCAGGACCAUCCGGGGCUUUGAGGCCUUGAUAGAGAGAGAGUGGCUUCAGGCUGGUCACCCAUUCCAACAGCGCUGUGCACAGUCGGCCUAUUGUAAUAGUAAGCAGAAGUGGGAGUCGCCUGUAUUUCUUCUCUUCUUGGACAGUGUGUGGCAGAUACUUCGUCAGUUCCCUUGUUCAUUUGAAUUUAAUGAGAAUCUCCUCAUCAUGCUCUUUGAGCAUGCAUAUGCCUCACAGUUUGGAACAUUUUUGGGCAACAAUGAAAGUGAAAGAUGCAAGUUGAAGCUACAGCAGAAAACGAUGUCUCUAUGGUCUUGGGUCAACCGGCCCAGUGAACUGAGUAAGUUCACCAACCCUCUCUUUGAAGCCAACAAUCUUGUCAUCUGGCCUUCGGUUGCUCCACAGAGUCUUCAGCUGUGGGAGGGUAUUUUUCUGCGUUGGAACAGAUCUUCCAAGUAUUUGGAUGAAGCAUAUGAAGAAAUGGUUAACAUCAUUGAAUAUAACAAGGAAUUACAAGCAAAAGUAAAUAUCCUUAGGCGGCAGUUGGCAGAACUGGAGACUGAAGAUGGGAUGCAGGAGAGUCCCUGAAUUCCAGAUCCCCUGCAGCCCUCGGAGGACCGUCAGGACUGGUAUCCCAUCUCUCUCUCCCCAUCUCUCUCUCCCUUGCCCUUCAGUUCACUUUCACACAGUAGCCUUAAACUUAAGGCUUUAGAUGUGAGAACCUUCUAAUAUAAUGGACUCCUCAAAACUUUAUGAAUGGAACUUACUAUAAUUAUUCAUGUUUCAUGUGGCCUGUUAGGCCUCUUCACUUUGGGAGCAGGAAGGAGGUGCUAGUCAUUUUAUUUUACAUGAAACAAGUGACCUAUUUAAUGCCAUUUGUGUUAUAUGCCAUUUCACCCUAAGCUUUUCUCUGCAUCCACUUUCCAAACAGUGCUCCAGACCAGUCAAGGAUAUGAUUAAUCUCUUAGGGAAUAUCUGUUAGUUUAAAAAAAGGAUCAGACUUUGAAGCACUCCAAAUAUAGAAAUAUUUUUCAAACCUGAAAUGGUUGAUAAACGAAGAAUUUUGUGUUUAACAUACCAUUUCCAAUAUCUUUGCUACAUAAAAAAGCCAUUCUCUUUAAAACAGUUUUGGACUGACAGAGCUAAAUUCAUCCUCAUUCUGAUUUGUCAAGAAAACAAAAGCUGAGUAUUUAUUCAAGGUAAAUUAUUUUUACGUAAAGGGCAACAGCUAUAGUCCUCUGAUAUUUACAUUAAGAAGAAGUAAAUUUAUUGUAACAGAUACUAAAAUAUGUGCAAUAUAGAAAUAAAGUAGGAAUUUGUUACUGAUAAGGUAUCUUUAGUGUUGAAUUGGUUUUUCAGGGUUUUGACACACAUGUUAAGUGUGUGUCAAAUGCUGGAUGUAAUGUUAAACCGUCAUUUAGAAUAGAUGUUAAUUUCUUAUGAUUAAGCUACAAAUACGGUUUCCUUAAACCAGAGAUACACCGCCCUUGUCUGAAGUUCUUAUUGCACUGGUU